UUCAGAUAUAAUAACAUUAACAGAAACUUGGAACAUUUAGAUAAAUAUAAAUAUGCAAUAUUAUAAGGCUGUCCAUAGUAACAGAACGUUUAUCUUUUUUAUCGUUCUGCUACAAGGUAAGGUUUUUGGAGAGCCACAUUGCUCCAAAUUUCACUAUGAAGAACAAACUUUAAAGAAAACUAUUCGUUUGGAAUUCCAAAUGGAAAGGCUUAAGUCGGAAAUGGAGAACACACAGAAGCGUACUUUGGAUAUGUUAAACGAACUGGAAAACUUCAAAGAAAAACUCUCAACUGAGUUCAAUGGCAUAAAAGAACAAAACAGACUAGACUUAGAAAACCGAUCUGAAGAUUUUAGAAUCUUAAAAGAUUUAGUUUCUACCCCGGCUAUUGCAUUCCAAUCACGGAAUCCAUCUACAACCAAUCCAAAGUCUGGCGACAAGAUCGUUUUCACAGACACACUGCACGAUUCAACGCAUUCUUACAACAACAAAACUGGGAUAUUCACGGCUCCUGUCUCUGGAACUUAUUUGUUCAAUGUUCAACUUUGCUUAGCCGUCGGCAGCAAAUAUAUUUAUUAUGCGAUAUAUGUCGGAUCUACGGCCGUAACUAACACACUUCUAAAUGACUCUGCAGAGCGAUUUUGCAACAGUGCCACUGCUAUUGUUUACCUUCGAAAAGAUGACGAAGUGUACAUAAAAGUUCCCUCUACAAGUCAUCAUGCCUUGCGAGAAACAAGUAAUGAGUGGAAUAUGUUUAGUGGAGUUUUGUUAAACAACAAUUAGCGUUUGCUAUGACAUUGACUCAAUUACACUAAUUGAUAAUUAUUACAAAUACGGACUAAGUAUCUGUUAUUUCACAAAUUGUCGGGAAAAUAACUGAAAAAUUGAGCUGUAGAACAUUGUUUUUCUGCAUCGUAAAUGUAUCUUUAUAAAGUUUAUAUUAUGAUGCACAAUCAUUAUUACUGAUAUUUUUUCUUAGAAAAAAGAACUAGUGUAUAUAAGAGAAAGAUUUAGGUUUAAUUAACUAUUAAAUUGCAAGUUUUACAUAUAAAAACGAAUUAUUUUGACGGUGAAUUGAGACUCACUCGCUGUAACAAUGUUUAACAUUUCCGUUAUUGACCGCCGAAUCAACAUAAAAGAGAACAAAAUUGCCAGUCAUGGUACGUUAUAUAUAAAAACUUGCAUUUUCAUAGGAAUAGAAAAUAAACUAAGACACUUCAGCCUAAUAUCUUAUUGCCAGUUUCAUCAAAAUGAUCCGCAAUUCUAGUAUCAUUUCCGCAAUGGUAACGUAAAAAUCCAUGUUGGGGA